UUGCAUGGCCCCGCCCCCUCAGUGACACGGCUGGCGCGGGCGGGCCCGUCCCCCCUGCCCCUGGGUCGCUCUUUUUAAGCUCCCCUGAGCCGGGGCUGCGCUUCUCUAAUUGGGACUCCGAGCCCGGGCUAUUUCUGGCCCUGGCGCGGCUCCAAGAAGGCAUCCGCAUUUGCUACCAGCGGCGGCGGCGGCGGAGCCAGGCCGGUCCUCAGCGCCCAGCACCGUCGCUCCCGGCAGCCCGGAGCGCGCACCGCAGGCCGGCGGCCGAGCUCGCGCAUCCCAGCCGUCGCUCCUCCACCUGCUCUGCCGACAAGGGAAGAUGAGCGAGUCGAGCUCGAAGUCCAGCCAGCCCUUGGCCUCCAAGCAGGAAAAGGACGGCACUGAGAAGCGAGGGCGGGGCAGGCCGCGCAAGCAGCCUCCGGUGAGUCCCGGGACGGCGCUGGUAGGGAGUCAGAAGGAGCCCAGCGAAGUGCCAACGCCUAAGAGACCUCGGGGCCGACCGAAGGGGAGCAAAAACAAGGGCGCUGCCAAGACCCGGAAAACCACCACAACUCCAGGGAGGAAACCAAGGGGCAGACCCAAAAAACUGGUAGAAGGAGGAAGAGGAGGGCAUCUCGCAGGAGUCCUCAGAGGAGGAGCAGUGACCGUGCCGCGCCGCCCGCUCCCUCACCGAGGAGCAGUUUCCUUCUGGGACUGGACAGCUCCGCUCCGCUCCCACUGCCCCCACCCCUUCCCCCAGGCUCUCGUGUCACCGCCACCCACCUGCGCCCUCACCACCACACUACACAGCACACCAGCCGCCGCCGCAGGGCCCCCGGGGGCCCGAGUCGGGAGCAGUUUCCUUUGAUUUCGGGUCCCAGCGACCCCUGACCCACGCACCUGACUUCCCACCGAGCUGCUCCCGUGCUGCUGCAUCCCCACUCCCUCAGCGUGGGGACCUUGCUGGCUGGGCUCUUGGUUUCGGGGUCCCUUCUAAGACCCCGACUCUU